GUAUACACAGCCAUUGCCGCCCAGAAAAGUAUAGCCUGAUAUAAAUGCAGGGGCAACAGUUUUACUGAGGCAUGCUUUUACUUCAACAUCGGUAUGGGAGUAGCCUAUGUUCACACAAGACCGAUAGCUCACUGUUAACGUGCCUAGUACUAGUAGGCUAAAGUCAUCCACACUAGGCAUUAGUGACAACCCAUAUGCACGCGUGAGGUCUCGAGACUCUUUCAGCCCCACGAACCUAGCCUUUUGCCGCGCGCUGUGCACUUGAGUGCGUCUUAAAUCCCGGGGGAUGAUCUCAGUGUGAGUGGCCGUUAAAAUAAUCAGCGUCGCGGUGUCAGGGAAGCCAAAGCCCGAACAAGAGGGGAUUUUUAUAGAUUAUCGCCGGACUGCUAUUUUGUUCCUACUGCCACACUGAGUGUAGGCUACAGCUCUUGAUCAGCCGCCUUUCCCCCGCUCCGGGCUGUCACCGCUCAACAACUGGAAUGCGAUGCUGGACUGGCUUUUAGUCGCCUUGUCCGCAAGUCUCCGUGUCAUAGCUGUCUCUACUGUACAUUCCGGUAACCGGAUGAUGUUCCAGCGAGGAUGCUGCGCUUCCCUGUGAAGAAAAUUCGGAAGCAGUUCAAACUCCUUCUGCUGCUGGUCCUGUUCACCUUCGCCGUGUGGUUCACUUACCUGCACAUCAACCAGGGCAAAGCUAUCAAACUCCACUUCAACUACGGAAAAGAUGUGGAGAGGCAGACGGAGGGGACCGAUGCCAGCCGUAAGAGGGACGCCCGCUCCUCCGCAAGCCAUCGCAGGAACGAGGACACCAGUGACAGUCACGAGGACGAGGCCAUGGAAGAUGAGCCAAUCAUUGGUGGAGCCAAUGCCAGGGAACACGCCCACAUCAGGAAGUUCCUUAGCCAGCGCCACAAGAAGUUGCCAUGGAAACCUGAGUUCAAAGGUCAGGCCAACCUGCAUGUGUUUGAGGACUGGUGUGGCUCCUCGACAGGCCAGCUCAGGAAGAACCUGCACUUCCCCCUGUACCCACAUACGAGGACCACAGUGAAGAAGCUGGCAGUGGCUCCUAAGUGGAAGAACUAUGGCCUGCGGAUCUUUGGCUUCAUCCACCCUUACAGAGAUGGUGACUUCCAGUUUUCGGUGUCCUCUGAUGACAACUCAGAGCUGUGGCUGAGCCCCGACGACAGCCCUCUGAACGCCCGGCUCCUGGUCUACGUAGGACGGCUCGGUACAGAGUGGACAGCUCCUGGGGAGUUCAACAAGUUUAGGUCCCAGUCCUCCAAGUCUGUACACCUCAUCUCGUCCAGACGUUAUUACUUUGAAGUUCUCCACAAGCAGGAUGACAAGGGCUCAGACCACGUGGAGGUGGGGUGGCGUCCGUUCCUGCCUGGUCUGAAGUAUGAGGUUAUUGACUCCGCCUACAUCUCCCUCUACACUGACGAGUCUAGCCUGAAGAUGAACGGUGUGGAUCACAUACCCCAGACUCUGGCCAGUCACAUUCGCCCACCCAGAGAUCAUCAAGGUCAGGACCAGGGUCAGGUUCGAGGCCGGGGCCAGGCUCACAGUCCAGGCCAGGGUCAAGACCCAGGUCACAGCCCUGCCAGUCAGCAUGGAGCUGACAUGCUGAAGCCAGACCCCAGAGACACAUUUUACAGCACCCCCAUGAUUGAGGCCUCUCGUCUGCAAAACGUGCUACCGGCCUGUCUCUACUCCCCCACCUAUGUGGUCAAAGACUUCCCCAUCGCCAGAUACCAGGGCCUGCAGUUUGUGUACCUUUCCUUCGUGUAUCCCAACGACUUCACCCGCCUCACCCACAUGGAGAGGGAGAACAAGUGCUUCUACAGGGAGUCUCCCAUCUACCUGGAGAAGUUUGGUUUCUACAAGUACAUGAAGAUGGAUGAGGAUGACGACGACAGGCCUUUCUUCUUCCCCAACCCAGAUGAUUUCCUGGAAGAGGAGGAAGGGGUGGAUCCAGAGGACGAGGCCGAGAUCGUGGGCACCCAGCCCCCCAAGAGGACGUCCCGCCCGAGCCAGACCAGCCACACCUCCAGACCCGUCCACCUCUCGGACCCCACCGCCCCGGAGCGGGGGGGGGAGGGGGAGGAGGUCAACCGCGUGGUGGUCCGCAGGGAGAGACGACACUUCCCCCCGAGAGAUGGACCGGCGGAGGAGGACAGGCAAAGGCAGAGGGGGUUCCGCGACUCCAGGAAGGCUGGGGCCCCCGAUGGGGACAGCGAGGGGCCAGAGGAGGCCCUGCCCCCCCAGACGGACAGCCUGGUGCGGGGCCGCUCUCUCUCCUGGAUCCGAACGGGGCCCUCGGAACUCGGCCCUGGCAGGAGGGGGGGCGCCGAGACCCCUCCCAAACUGAGCAAGUCCGUCCUGCUGUUCCCCCAGAAGAGCUCUCUCUCCGCCCUCGCCAGCCGCGCCAAGCAGAUCCUCAGCAACUCCGCCCACGGGAAUACCCGUCUCCGUGGCGGCAGCAACAACAACGCAGCCCCUGGCAACGACAAGGAGAAGAAGGACGAGAACAAGAUCUACAUCACCAGGCCGCGCCCUGCCAAGGAGAGGGAGAAGGAGCGGGAGGAGAGGGAGGAGAGGAGAGAGAGGGAGCGGGAGAGGAGGGGUCUGGUGUCUCGACACCCUAGAGAAGUCUUUCCCGGAGUUUUCCUCUACCAGCACGGUAAGACCACCAGGUUGGUCAACCUCAGCUCCAGACCCAGGGCAGGGCCAGGGGGGGCAGGGGGAAGGGGGCUGGUGAGUGCCCCCCAGCUCUGGCCCAAACCCCCCACGAGAGAGGGCAAGUCUCCCAGUCACAACUCCAGCAGGCAGGGUGUGGUGGAGCGGGCGGCCAGCAGAGCGGCAGCAGUGAGACCCCCAGGCAGUGAGAGGAGGAGGGGAGAGCUCCAGGCUCCAGGUAGAGAGGCUGAUUACGUCGCUGCUCUGCCCAACAGAGGCGGCACCGUGGCCCCCUUGCUCCCACACGGAGACCCCCCUCCUCCCCCGGCCACCCAUCCAGGCUUCAACUCCUCAGACAACGUCCUCCAUGUGGAGGCCAGGGUCACCUCCUACCUCAGAACCUCUGAGAUCACAGAGUCCGAGCAGCAAGUCGACCCCGACCCUAACCUUCACCCCCGUGACUCUGACCCCAACCCAGACCCCGACCCCGAUCCCGACCCCGACCCGGACAUCGAACCCGACCCAAACCGCUCUAACCCGGAGCAGGAGCGCGAACCGGAGGAGGGCGGGGUGUCGGACUACAGCUACGAGGAGGCGGAGGCUCGCCCGGGCUGGGCGGAGGAGAGCAUCAACUGGCAGAGGACCUUCUCCGUCAACCCCAUGGACUUUGAGCUGCUGCGCUCCGACUGGAACGACCUGCGCUGCAACGUGUCGGGGAACCUGCAGCUGGCGGAGAGCGAGGUGGUGGACGUGCUGGCGCAGUACAUGGAGAAACUCAACGAGCGCAACGGAGGAAUCUACACCCUGCUCCGCAUCAUCAACGUGGAGAAGCGGCGAGACUCGGCGCGGGGGAACCGCUACCUGGUGGAGCUGGAGCUGAUGGAGCGGGGCCGCAGCGUGGUGCGCCUGUCCGAGUACAUCUACCUCCUGCUGCACCGCGGGCGGCUGGGCGACGACAGCCUGGAGAACACCGACGUGGCCCCCGCCUCGUCUCCGCCCGGACUCACCACCCAGACGCCCCCGGCCUCCACCCGGGCCCCUGCCCAGCCCGGGGCCACCCCCUGGGGCACGGCCUACGCCAAGCCCCUGCUGUGCCAGCCUGUCAUGUUGCAGUGGAGGAGGGAUGUGAUGGUGCACUUUGUGGUGCCAGUAAAGAACCAGGCUCGCUGGGUGCAGCAGUUCAUCUCGGACAUGGAGGACCUCCACCGCGAGACCAAGGACGACAACUUCAGCAUCAUCGUUGUUGACUUUGAGAGCGAAGACAUGGAUGUAGAGCAGGCCCUGAGAGACAGCACUGUACCCAGGUAUGAGUAUCUGAGGAGAGAGGGGAACUUUGAACGUUCGGCUGGUCUACAGAUUGGAGUGGACACAAUAGAGGACAACCACAGCAUCGUGUUCCUGUGUGACCUGCACAUCCACUUCCCCUCCAACAUCCUGGAGAGCAUCAGAAAGCACUGUGUGGAGGGGCGUCUGGCCUUCGCCCCCAUCGUCAUGAGACUGGGCUGUGGCAGUUCCCCCCUGGAGCCCGACGGUUACUGGGAGGUUAAUGGCUUCGGCCUUUUUGGCAUCUAUAAGUCCGACUUUGACAAGAUUGGAGGGAUGAACACGGAGGAGUUCAAGGACCGCUGGGGGGGAGAGGACUGGGAACUACUGGACAGGGUGCUGCAGAACGGUCUAGAGGUGGAGAGACUCCGACUAAGGAACUUCUUCCACUACUACCACUCUAAACGUGGCAUGUGGAACACCCAGAACAAGAAGACUCCCAAAGGAUAGCGCCCUCCGUGGGCCAGGAGGACCCACUCAUUUAGCUACAGCUCCACUGUGUGUAUGUGAGAGAGACCUGAAGGAGCUCCCUGGCUGCUUGACUCAACCUUUGAGACAGGCACCUUUCAGGGACGCCUUUUUCUGUCUGUCCGAGGCCCCCCCUCACGUUCCUGGGGAUGGUCUCCGGUUGGGAGUCUGAACACUGGUGCUUGAACCUUGUCCACGCAGAGUCAUGGCCUUGUCUCCCUAACACAUCUACAGAGGCAGAUGUCCUCUUCGGUGCACUGUUUCCUGACAGACUGGAAAAUCUGUUGUUUGUUUGUUUGUUUGUCUUUGGGAGAAAACGCCUUUUCCUACUGAGGGGCUGGACCGACCUAAGAUUUUAUAAAACGCCCUGGAGAGGAAACAAUUGUAGGGUCACAGAUGGUGUGUGAGUUUUGUUGCGUGCGUGCGUGCUUGUGUGUGUGUACGUGUGUGUGCACAUGCCAGAAAACGAGAGCUUGUACAACAGUAUGUUUUCUCUCCCUCUGCAUUGGGCUAAGAACAGAGUAUCUGAGUGUCGCCGGGAUCUCUGGUGUCCUGGUGCAGCUCUGUUUGGGGGUGACCACUCAGUAGGUCAUUUCCUAGCAGCUGAGGUCUGGACGUCCGGUAAUGACGGCGGCCGGCUGCGUCAGGGUGUCUCUGGAGGCAGCUCGAGAAGGUGGACAUCACUGAGAACACAGACACUGGACACAACUGCGACUCCACACCGGGGUGACCACAAAGCAUCUGGUUACAAAGAACUUUGUGAAAUACAUAAAUCGUCAUCUCUUUCUGUCUCGAUUCUCUGUCUUUGUUUCUCUCUCUCUCGACCUUGUUCCUCCUCUGUUACUUGCUCUCUCUCUCUCUUUCUUCACUGUUCCAUUCUCCUCUACUCUACUCUGAUCUACUUUACUCGAUUUUCUGUCUCCUGCAGUCGGCUUGUCUCUCGUUUCUCUGUUUGAGUCAGUCGGGUAUUUGUAUGUGUUGAAGCAAUGUAUAUAGCCUUGUAGCCUUGCUGCUGUUGUAUUUUCGGUCAGGCUAGCCAUCACUCUAGUUACUUGAUCUAUUUACGUUGAUUUUAUUUUCAGGUCCUCCGGGUGGGUCGGCUGCCCUAAUUGAAAAGCUGACAUUGCUAAACCUUUUCGCUGAUGUGUGGAUGCAUAAAUGCACUAAUAUUUCGGAGGGGGCGGGAGCACUAAUCUUUUUUUCCCCUUCCUUAAACACUGAAUUGGUACACAGCCCCCACCUCCCCCCUCCUCCUUCUCUGAUCCUGCUGAUGGUCUGUUCUCUGAACACCUCUAACCUUGUGUGCUGACUGCAACUGGAACUAAACAAGAACCGACUGUAUUACGAGAGGGGACCGAGUCAUCAUAAUAUUCGAUUUGUUUUAAGUACAUUCAUGCCUUUAAUUGAACAUGUGUGGAGUUGAGUUUGGUUUGGGUUUUGCUUUACAAAGGCAUCAUUCCAGAGUGUUUGAGUGAAGCCCUGGGCCUCUAUGAAGAUGGAGUGGGAUGGAGAGAGGGUACGCUAGUUCACUUAUGUGUGCCUUUUAUGUGGGCUUGGGAACAGACAGACAUGAUGUAAGCUGUGACAAGGAGACAGCCAGGGACAGCCAUGAAGAGGAAAUAACGAUUUCUGGUACUCAAGCUUGUAGAUAAGUGGAUAUGUACAUAGGAAAAUGAUUCUCUCUAGAGUAGGAUGGGUAGAUGGAUAGAUGGAUGGAUGGAUGGACGGAUGGAUGGUUGGACAAAUUGAUGGACGAAUGGAUGGAUGGAUGGGUGUGUCAGUGAGGACUAGGGUUGCCCAGGCUCUGGGGAUGGGAGAAUUGGAGAGAGGUAAAUAGAGGGUGUGAGGGACAUAUUCUGGCAGCUGCUGGAGUCUUGCAAGAGGCCACCUGCUCCGAGUAGUUUAGCUGCGGGCCAGGCCUAAUGCUCCUGUUUACCUAAAUGCUACUCUUAUUGUGACAGGAACAGACAGGAAGGCUCGCCCAUGGACAUAUAUGGGCGGCCACUACUGAUUGGUUCUUGACUAUGAUUGUUUAAAGCUCUCUUUGACCCUCUCAUGAAAGCAAGGUCUAUACUGUACAUCAUUUACCAUGGAGACAGGAAUAUUUAAAUAAAAAAUAUUAAAACA